AUGGACGUCGCAGCAGCGGCUGACGAGCGCACGGCGUGCCGGCCGAGAGCAGCGCCACCAUCGGCAACAUCUGCAGCACUGAACGCACGCCAGCGAAGCAGUAGUUUCGGCCACCAGCGCUCGUGGCGUCCAGAGAGCGGCUUUGCCUGCAAGUACCAGGCCGAGCUCGAGUCCAAGCGCUUCGACCGGGAGCGGCAGAUGCAGCAGAUACAAGAGAAGGCACUGCGCGGGGCGAGGAUGGACCGAGGACCAGCACCCGAUGACCGCGUGGUUGUGGAGGGAGAGGAGUGGAAGACGGUGGUGUCCCACGGCCGACGCGCGCGAUCAGAGCGCAGGACGCCCCACACGCCCGCUACGGUGUUCCUGUCGCUGCCACGCGACCCGCCAGCACUCGGGAUCAGCCGUUCCCUGGAGGUUCCAGUACGUACUGUAGCAGUGACAAGUGGCCGGUCGCUGAGUCAAGAUGAAAUGGAGGCAGCGGAUGUCGCGAGGCGAAAGCGGAGGCAGCAGAGACGGCAAAAGACGCUGUUGCAGCGAGGGCAAGCUGGCAUGGAGCCUGUGGAUGGCGUGCCCCAUCCGUCGUUCCUGGGGAAAGUCAUGUUUGCACGGCGCAGCAGCUUGCAGCGACUUGCCGACACAAUGUGCGUGGACAAUGCGGUUGGCGUGCAUUGCGAAAGCCAGUCGAGCGUCGUUGUGGAGCACCACGGCACUUGCAGUCGACGAAGUUACUCGAUGAAGGAACGCACGCGGAAAACAAAGAGCGUAUCGUCCAUGGCAGCGCAUGACGACUGUGCUAAACCGUGCCACUACUACCAGAGCGAAAGCGCCGACUCGAGCCCGCGCGGACACGGAGAGUACGCUGGCAAUCGACCGAACCGACAGCUUUUUACGAAGCUGGACUCGCCACGGUCGCCUCGCUCGGGCUCGGAUUCACACGGAUCGCCGCGUCCGAGAAAAUGUGGGGACAAGCGCGAUUUCUUCUUUCGCAAUCUGGACUACGAGGUCCGGAAUCAGCUGCUGGUUGAUGAAGUGGCCGAGUUCAGCGUGACAGAUUUUGACAUGGCGACAAAGAUCUCUCAGGCCGUAUUGGAUCUGUUUCUUGCUCCACUAAAAGACGACGUCACGCCAGAGAGCGGGGACGACGAUCAGGAUGCAAGCACGUUGACUGCAGCAGAGCGCAAGAAAUACCCGCUCGUGGUGACCGAUGGCACGGCGUGCGUCGGAGGCAACGUGCUGUCGUUCUGUGACUUUUUCACGCACGUGAACGCCGUAGAAAAUGACUUCACGCGCGUAGAGAUGUUGCGACACAAUUUGCAGGUCCUGAACAAGACGAAUGCCACGUGCAUGCACGCGAAUUACCUCGACGUGAUGCUGGAGCUGCAGCAGGAUGUGGUGUUUCUCGAUCCGCCGUGGGGCGGCCCGGAGUACAAGGAUCUCGACGAGGUGGACCUUUUUCUCGGUGGCUUCCCGCUGCACGAGAUCUGCACGCAGCUGCAAGCGCACACCAAGUGCGUGGUGCUGAAGGUACCGAGCAACUUUAACGACGCAAAGUUCACGCAACACGUUCCAGGUACGGUCGUGAUCCGCCGUGAUUUGAAAAAGAUGCACCUCGUGCUGCUGGACUUUCGGUCGCCAGCGAGAGCAGUGCCCGCUCCAUUGUGA